AAAAAAUUUUCUAUGAAGCCACAGCUGAUGGUGGAGGCACCGAAGGCACUCGAUGCAGUGCAGUUCUACAAGACCGCGUUUGGCGCUGUUGAGGCAGGCCGUACUGUUUACCUUAAGCGCAAGGCUGAGCAGGAGCUCCCUCACAUCCUCUCCGCUCAGCUUGAGCUCGCUGGCUCUACCAUUCUCGUAUCUGAUAUCGCUGAAGACUCUGCUCCGGUGAAAACUGAGGGAAAUGGAUGUGUGCUCUGCCUCGAGACCAAGGACGUGGAAGCAGCUAUUGCCAAGGCCGUGAGCGCUGGAGCCGUUGCCAAAGGUGAGAUUACUGAGGGUGACGGCGCGUGCUGUGGUGGUCGCGUGGGCAAAGUCAAGGAUCCCUAUGGAUACGUUUGGCUCGUCUGCACCCCCGCCAAGAAGUGCGUUGACGUGGAAGCUUAGAUGCUGUCGAUCUUUGAUCUACUUUUUUUUAACUCUCCUUUAAUUUAUCUGUUAUGGGUGGGACCCCGUAUCGGGAAAAAAGGGUUUCUACCCGGUAGGAUUAGGUGAUCAAUAGAGUUUAGGCUGUGGUAUUGGAUAUUUUGAUGCUGCUCAUUAUGAACCUUUGAUAAUUUUGAAGUGAAGAAGUAGAG